AUGGCACGCGCCAACUUUGAAAGACCAAAGGGGAAAGGAGAGGGCGAUUGGCGCAAAACCGCCCGUGGUUCCAGACACGGCGCAUUAGCGCCGUCCGGGAGAAGUAAGCGUGAUGACUUUGGUGGAGUUGCGGACCUGCAGAUGCUUGGAUUCCAUUGGCACUUUAAUACAAACUGUGAAGCUGAUAGCGCCGCCAAGGAACGCUCUGGCCCCGAAGUGAUCGACAUCGCGUUAGAUGAACGUGUUGCCCAUGGUCUUAUCGAUGUGUAUAUUGCUGGUCUGUAG